UCUCUCUCUCUCUCAUGUCUGUCUGCAACUAUUUGAUCACCACAAGCUUCCAAAGAAGAGGAAUUAAUAGAAAGGCAGAUCCAAAAGCUCUUCUCUUCGCCUUUUAUCUCAACCCAUUUAUCUCUCCCUCCCAUCAGUCCUUCACCAUGAAAAAGGCUACUACAUGUUUUAGCUAAUCCUUUCAUGUGUAUGAAAAGCUAGGGUCCCCUUCCCUGAUUCUUCCAUGGCUUCUACUACUUUAUCUUCUCCUUCGUCUUCUUCUUCAAGAAAAGAGACGAGGGGAUCAGCCGAACAAAAGAGCUCAUGAAAUCAUGGUACCGGCAAGAAACCUCCUCCGGCGACACUACGACUGUUAUGGAGGAUACUUUUCGGAUUCCUAUUUCGAUUUCGAGAAGCCGACGCCGGCUCUGAGAUCACCGGAAUUCAUGGGAGGUUUGGCGAACUGUGAGGAGAGACAAGAGGAGGAAGAGGAGGAGGAGGAAGCCGGGACCAGCAACAGAGACGCCGGAGAUCAAUGUUGUGAAGGCUGGCUUCAGCUUGGCGUUGGCGUCGGAAUUAGACCACCGACAUCCCGCCGUUCACCCGGGAGCAGCUCAUCAGCACCGCCGUUGAGGGAAGUGAGGGUAGCGCUUUCAACGGAGCUUGAGCUUUUUGCUCCCCGGCCGGCGCCGCCGGAGCCUAUGAAUAUUCCAAUGUUUCCACCACCUCCUCCGCCGCAUCUCGGCGUGUUUUAUCCGCGAGACGCGCCAUGGGGGUUUUGGAAUGCCGGCAGUGUUGCAAUGGGCGUCGGGCAGCCGGCAUUUUUGCCGCCUGUUCGUAGCUUCGUGGUUCCAUUCGAAAGCUCUUCGGCGGCGGCCUCGGGCGAGCUAAGACUGGUAAGCACGCCGGCGAGACCUCAGGCUGGGGUGUGGUUCAUGCUCAAAGCCUCACAGAACCAAGUGAGGGAGCCCUUUUUGCCUCAGAUUCCUAAGAGCUACUUAAGGAUCAAGGAUGGGAGGAUGACAGUUAGGUUGUUGAAGAAGUACUUGGUGAACAAGCUUGGUCUUGAGGAUGAAUCAGAGGAAAAAAGGACAUAGGAGUGCAUGGAAAUGAAUCAUGAAGAAGUAUAAUGGUGUUCCUAACCUAAGUUGGUGAAAAGAACAUUUGAACCGAAAAGUUUCUUCAUGGUGGUAUUAGAUUGGUUCUUCAUUAGGAAGUCAUGGUGUGGAGUGCAAGUCUGAGUGGAACAUCAUUUUGUUCCUCAUGAUUAGGGUUUUAAGAGCUUGCUUUUGGUGUUUAUUAGCUCAUUAAUAAGUGGCUCAGUUGUGUAGGAAAAUUAUUUGGUGAGUGCGCUUUAAUUUAUUUAGUACAUUAUUAGUGUGUGUGUAUAUAUAUAUAUAAAAGCUCAGUCCGUAUACUCAUUAUGACACAGCUACUGGUAUAGGCUUGUGAUGAAAAAAAUUGUGAAAGCAAUGUGAAUUCAUUAAGGUGUUGUAUGGCUUUUUAAGAGUUCAUAUGCCUCUGAUAUUUUUUUUUUUUCUUUGAAAGCUUACUUUGGCUACUUAUCAAGGUAAGUUGUUGUGGACACUUCUGUCUUUG